AUGGCGAUAGACCGGCGGCGCGAGGCGAGGGGCGGCGAGGGCGGCGGGGGCCGGUAUCAGCCCCCUCCGGAGGAGAACGGGGCCCUGCCGGCCGGGGGGGGCCGGGGGGGGGAGGAGAACCGGUCUCUGCCGUCCCUGUCGCAGGCGGCGGCGGCGGCGGCGGCGGCCGGGUCGGGCGGCGGGGGGUCCCCGGCGGGGGGCGGCGCGGGGCCCAGCGCGCUGCUCGUGGACUACGACGCGUCCGUGCUGCCCCUGCUCGGCGGGCUGGGCGGCGGCUACCAGAAGACGCUCGUGCUGCUCACCUGGAUCCCCGCGCUCUUCAUCGGCUUCAGCCAGUACUCGGACUCCUUCCUGCUGGCCCAGCCGGACUACUGGUGCCGGGGGGCCCGCCGGGGGUCCGCCGCCGCCGCCGCCGCCCCCCUCCCCGCCAACUGGACCGGCCCGCCCCCAACCUGGGGACCCCCGCCGACGGGCCCGGCCCCCGCCCCCGACGGCCGCCCCCGCGCCCGAGACGCCGCGGCCCGCCCCGACGGCCACACGUGCCACCAGUGGCACUACCGCAUCCGAGCCGGCCUCGUCCAAAAUGUGGUCAGCAAGACAUCGCCCAGUGCCCCGAGCCACGGCCAGGGGCCGGGGGCCCCGUUGUCCCGCUUCUUUCGGAGCCUCUGA